UACUGCUCCGUACUAAUAAUUCCCAAUUCCACCAGAUGUUACAAGUUGUUACAGCAUCUCUCUUUCUCUCUUAUAUAAAUCUCACAAACAAUCACUUACCUAUAAAAUCUCACUCCAACUCAGCUCUCUCUCUAUAAAAAUCCGACGAGCCUCCAGAUCUUUUUUCUCUCCAACUCUAUCUAGUUUCUUUCUCUAUCAGGCGGAAAGAGAAGAGAAAAAAAAAGAAAAUGGCUCUCGAAGGCAUCAGUUCAGCUCUCUCCUCCGAUUUCCUCCUCAAAACCCAAUUCGCUCCAUCUUCCUCCAAACCCAUCUACCUCUAUCACCUCCCCACCAAUCAAAACCCUAAAACAAGAUCAGUCAACCGCAGCUCGGCCGUCCAUUCCGCUGACCACCUUGCCAAAAAGUCAACCAAUUCGACGCCUAGAAUCGACCAAUCUCCCCAAAAGUGGAUGGUCGGUAGCUGGAAGUCGAAACAGGCCCUCCAGUUGCCGGAAUACCCCGACGAGGCUGAGCUCGAUUCGGUCCUGAAAACCCUAGAAUCGUUCCCUCCGGUUGUGUUUGCCGGCGAGGCUCGGAAACUUGAAGAGCGGCUGGGCCAGGCCGCCCUCGGGAAUGCCUUUCUGAUGCAGGGAGGGGAUUGCGCCGAGAGCUUCAAAGAAUUCAGUGCCAACAACAUUCGGGACACCUUUCGGGUGCUUCUUCAAAUGAGUGUUGUUCUCAUGUUUGGUGGACAAAUGCCUGUCAUCAAGGUGGGAAGAAUGGCGGGUCAAUUUGCAAAGCCAAGAUCAGAUCCCUUUGAAGAAAAAGAUGGAGUGAAGCUGCCGAGCUACAGAGGCGACAAUGUGAAUGGGGAUGCCUUUGAUGAGAAAUCAAGAAUUCCAGACCCCAACAGGAUGAUUAGGGCCUACACCCAAUCUGUAGCAACAUUAAACCUUCUUAGAGCUUUUGCUACUGGAGGCUAUGCUGCCAUGCAGAGGGUUACUCAGUGGAAUCUUGAUUUCACCGAGCACAGUGAGCAGGGGGAUAGGUAUCGUGAACUGGCUAACCGAGUUGAUGAGGCCCUAGGGUUCAUGGCUGCUGCUGGAUUCACAGUUAACCACCCAAUCAUGUCCACAACAGAGUUCUGGACAUCCCAUGAGUGCUUGCUUCUGCCUUAUGAGCAGGCACUUACUAGGGAGGAUUCAACAACUGGUCUUUACUAUGACUGCUCAGCUCACAUGGUUUGGGUUGGGGAACGCACACGGCAACUGGAUGGCUCCCAUAUUGAGUUCCUUAGAGGAGUUGCCAACCCACUUGGCAUCAAGGUGAGUGAUAAGAUGGACCCAAAUGAGCUACUUAGGCUUAUUGAAAUUCUGAAUCCUCAGAACAAGCCUGGAAGAAUAACAAUCAUUACAAGAAUGGGAGCUGAGAAUAUGAGAGUGAAGCUUCCCCAUCUGAUUAAGGCAGUCCGCAGGGCAGGUCAGAUUGUCACUUGGGUCAGCGACCCGAUGCAUGGGAACACCAUCAAAGCUCCUUGUGGACUUAAAACCCGUUCCUUCGACUCAAUCAGGGCUGAGGUGAAAGCAUUCUUUGAUGUGCAUGAUCAAGAAGGAAGCUACCCCGGAGGAGUUCAUCUGGAGAUGACCGGGCAGAAUGUAACGGAAUGCGUUGGGGGCUCACGAACCAUCACAUAUAAUGAUCUGAGCUCGCGUUACCAUACCCAUUGUGAUCCAAGGCUCAAUGCUUCGCAAUCUUUAGAGCUUGCCUUCAUUAUUGCCGAGCGGCUACGAAGGAGAAGGCUUGGACCACAGCACUAGGAGGAUUUAGUUCGAUAUAUUAUAUAAAUUUAGCGCCUUCUUUUAGGCUUAAGUUUAUCUAUGUAUGUAGUAUAUUGUAGAAAAAGUGAUGGUCUGCUUAAGGAAUCAAGGUCACUUAUUGAGUUUUGGCAAAACUGAGUUGAGUAAAACAGAUUUGAGGGUGUUAUAAUUAUGGAUAUAAAUAAGGUGAAUUAGAGGCUAUGAAUUUGGAGAUGAUGUAUGUCGCAUCUUUUAUUAUGCAAUAAAUAUAUUCCUUUUAUCGGAA